CGUUUUUCUUUUUUCCCCUUAAGUUAUGAUUCAACACGCACACGCGGUCGUGUACGGCAAGUCGACGUGGGCUGAGGUCUGAGAGCCGUGCAUGGAACAGCUGGUACCCAUCUGUGGCUUCUGCUUUUCCUGCUCUCGCAGCCGCUGUGCUGCCCCGAGUCGCUCCAGAGACGGAGCCCGUGAUUCGUAGCCUCCAACAUCUGAUCAAAGACGCACGUCUACCGGCAGAGUACAGGGAGCCAUAGCGCUUAAUACAUCAACACCGGUGACAUGACGGCGUCAGGUUUACUUUCGGGUAUCGACGUGGAUGUGCUGAUGGCAUGGGCAGCCACGAACCCGGCUGUGACCCGGCUGCUCUGGGUCCUGGUCCUGGUCUUGGCCACUCUGCUGGUCUGGGCGCUGUUCUUCUGCUGCUACGCCCGGAGCCGCGGCUCCUCGCCGGCGCUGGAGAGGUACCUGGAAGUUAUGGUGAACCAGUCCAAGGCAAAGAGUUCACGCCAGAAAAAGAAGAAGACGAAAGAGAAGCAUGUUGCCUUUCUCCUAGAUGAAGAAGACAAGGCGGAGGAGGCUGCCGUCUCUAAACAGGAAGCAGUCACGUCUAGACAGGAAGUUGUCCCCACUGGACAGGACGUGGUCGUACCCUCUGGACAGCAGGAAGCUCCAGGUCCUGGACUGAGGAAGAGGAAGAGACGAGGCAAUAAAGCCGGAAUGGAAAAGAUGGCCGUCGAUGACACGGAAAAGGCCGGGGCGACCCCCCCCCAGCCCAUGGAGGAGUGGACGGGGCGUUCCGAGCGCCGGCCCCUGGUGCGGGCGGCGUCCGAGGAGAGCUCCUGCGGCCUCGACCGGAGCGGCGGCGGCGGCGGCCUUGAGCGCGGCGGCGCCGUCAGCUCGUCCCCGGUGCGCGGCGACACCCUGCCCUGGAACCUGCCCAAGCACCACCGCAUCAAGCGCUCCAAGUCGGCCUCCGGGGACGUCCUGGACGCCGCCGAGAGGGCCGUCUACCGCAUCGCAGAUGAACGGGACCGGGUUCAGAAGAAGACCUUCACAAAAUGGGUCAACAAACACUUGAUGAAGCACUGGAAAGUGGAGGCCCAGAGACACAUCACAGACCUCUAUGAAGACCUCCGCGAUGGACACAACCUCAUCUCCCUGCUGGAGGUGCUCUCUGGGGAGACCCUGCCCCGGGAGAAGGGCCGCAUGCGCUUCCACAAGCUGCAGAACGUACAGAUCGCCCUGGACUUCCUCAAACACAGACAGGUCAAGCUGGUCAACAUCAGGAACGAUGACAUCGCCGAUGGAAACCCCAAGCUGACCCUGGGUCUGAUAUGGACCAUCAUCCUUCACUUCCAGAUCUCGGACAUCCAGGUGAACGGCCAGUCGGACAACAUGACGGCCAAGGAGAAGCUGCUGCUGUGGUCCCAGAGGAUGGUGGAGGGCUACCAGGGCCUGCGCUGCGACAACUUCACCACCUGCUGGAGGGACGGCAAGCUCUUCAACGCCGUCAUCCACAAGCACAGGCCGACGCUGAUUGACAUGAACAAGGUGUACCGCCAGUCCAACCAGGAGAACCUCGAACAGGCCUUCACCGUGGCCGAGCGAGACCUGGGGGUCACCAGGCUGCUGGACCCAGAGGAUGUGGACGUGCCACACCCCGAUGAGAAGUCCAUCCUCACGUAUGUCUCGUCCAUCUACGACGUCAUGCCCAGAGUUCCCAACGUCCAGGAGGGCAUCAAGGCCAACGAGCUGGAGCUGCGCUGGCAGGAGUACUACGAGCUGGUGACCGUGCUGCUUCAGUGGAUCAGACACCACAUCCUGGUGUUCGAGGAGCGCAAGUUCCCCGCCAGCUACGAGGAGAUCGAGGUUCUUUGGAGGCAGUUCCUGAAGUUCAAGGAGACUGAGCUGCCCGCCAAGGAGGCGGACAAGAACCGCUCCAAACACGUCUUCAACUCCUUUGAGGGCGCGGUCAAGUCCGGCCACGUGAAGAUCCCCCCGGGGUACCACCCCUUCGACGUGGAGAAGGAGUGGGGCCGCCUGCACGUGGCCAUCCUGGAACGCGAGCGACUGCUGCGCACCGAGUUUGAGAGGCUGGAGCGCCUCCAGAGGGUUGUCAGCAAGGUCCAGAUGGAGUCUGGGGUGUGUGAGGAGCAGCUCAACCAGGUCGAAAGCCUGCUGCAAACGGACAUGAGGAUGCUGAAUGCAGGGAAGCCUGCUCAGCACACCGCUGAGAUGGAGGCCGACCUGGAGAAAGCAGAGGGAAUGAUCCGGUUCCUCUUCAAUGAUGUUCAGUUGCUGAAGGAUGGGCGCCAUCUACAGGCUGAACAGAUGUACCGCAGGGUCUACCGACUCCACGAGCGCCUGGUGAACCUCCGCAGCGAGUACAACCUGCGGCUCAAGUCGGGCGUGACCCUCACCCAGAUCCCCAUGACCCAGACCCAGAUCCCCAUGACCCAGACCCAGACCCAGACCCAGACCCGCCUCACCCACUCCGCCCAGGUGCUCCAGCAGGCCCCGGUGAGCGUGCGGCCCGAGCUGGACGAGGUGACCCUGCGCUACGUCCAGGACCUGCUGGGCUGGGUGGAGGAGAACCAGGUCCGGGUGGACCAGGGCGAGUGGGGCUCGGACCUGCCCACCGUGGAGUCCCAGCUGGGCAGCCACCGGGGCCUCAACCACUCGGUGGAGGAGUUCCGCUCCAAGAUCGAGAGAGCCAAGGCGGACGAGGCCCAGGUGUCCCGUGUCAGCAAGGGGGCCUAUCGCGACUACCUGGCCAAGCUGGAACUGCAGUACGGCAAGCUUCUGAACUCGUCCAAGUCCCGCCUGCGGAACCUGGACCAGCUGCACGCCUUCGUGCUGGCCGCCACCAAGGAGCUGAUGUGGCUCAACGAGAAGGAGGAGGAGGAGGUGACCUACGACUGGAGCGAACGCAACACCAACAUGACCGCCAAGAAGGACAACUAUUCGGGUUUGAUGCGAGAGCUGGAGUCCAGGGAGAAGAAAAUGAACCUGGUCCAGGCUUCUGGGGACAAGCUGCUGAGAGACGGGCACCCGGCCAAGAAGACUGUGGAGGCCUUCACGGCGGCCCUGCAGACUCAGUGGAGCUGGAUCCUGCAGCUGUGCUGCUGCCUGGAGACACACCUGAAGGAGAACGGCGCCUACUUCCAGUUCUUCGCUGACGUCAAGGAGGCGGAGGAGAGGAUGAAGAAGAUCCAGGAGACGAUGAAGAGGAAGUACACGUGCGACCGCACCAUCACCGUCACACGCCUGGAGGACCUGCUGCAGGACGCAGUGGACGAGCGGGAGCAGCUGAAGGAGUUCGGGACCCACCUGGAGGGCCUGAACCGCCGCGCCAAGAAUGUGGUUCAGCUGCUGCCCCGCAACCCGGCCACGCCCCUGAAGGGCAAGCUGCCGAUCCAGGCCGUGUGCGACUUCAAGCAGCUGGAGAUCACGGUCCACCGGGGCGAUGAGUGCGCCCUGCUGGACAACUCCCAGCCCCACAAGUGGAGGGUUCUCAACGAGAAGGGAAGCGAGGCGGUGGUCCCCUCCAUCUGCUUCCUGGUCCCACCCACCAAUAAGGAGGCUGUGCACAGUGUUGCCGGCCUGGACGGCAACCUGCAGAAGAUGCUGACCAUGUGGCAGACCAUGCAUGUGGACAUGAAGAGCCUGUUGUCAUGGCAAUACCUGACGAGAGACAUCAACAUCAUCAACACCUGGAACAUCACCAUGUUCAAGACCUUGAAGGUGGAGGAGUACCGUCUGGCCCUGAGGAACCUGGAGCUCCACUACCAGGCCUUCCUAUUGGACAGCCAGGACUCCCAGAUGUUCGGGGCGGAGGACCGCAUGCAGGUGGAGGGCGGCUACAACAAGGCCAACCAGCGCUACAACUCCCUGGUCACCUCCGUGGAGCAAGGCUAUGUGCCAGCAGUGGGAGGUGAGCAGGAGGAGUCCUUCUGCAAGGUGUACCUGACCCGCAUCAAAGACCUCCGGCUUCGGCUGGAGGGCUGUGAGAACCGCACCAUCACCCGCCUCCGCCAGCCCGUGGACAAGGAGCCCCUGAAGGCCUGCGCCCUAAAGACGGCCGAGCAGAUGAAAGUCCAGUCGGAGCUGGAGGGUCUGAGGAAGGAGCUGAGCGGCGUGACGGAGAAGACGGAGGAGGUGCUGGCGUCCCCCCAGGAGGGCAGCACCGCCCCCCUGCUGCGCUCCGAGCUCGACUUCACCCUCAACAAGAUGGAGCACGUCUACAGCCUGUCCUCCGUCUACCUGGACAAGCUAAAGACCAUCGACGUGGUGAUACGAAACACCAAGGACGCCGAAGGCACACUGAAGACCUACGAGACGCGGCUGCGUGACGUCAACAAGGUUCCCACCGACAAGAAGGAGGUGGAGAACUACCGCAGCCAGCUCAAGAAAAUGCGUGGGGAGGCGGAGGAGGACCAGGGGGUGUUCGACCGCCUGCAGGACGAGCUGAAGAAGGCGGGCGGCAUCAACGAGCGCAUGACGCGCGUGCACAGCGAGCGAGACGCCGACCUCGAGCACUACCGCCACCUGGUGGGCGGCCUGCUGGAGCGCUGGCAGGCCGUGUUCGUGCAGAUGGACCUGAGGCAGCGGGAGCUGGAGCUGCUGGGCCGCCAGAUGCGCUCGUACCACGGCAGCUACGAGGAGCUGAUGGUGUGGCUCCGCGAGGCCAAGCAGAGGCAGGAGGACAUCCAGGCCCUGCCCAUCGGAGACGGCAAGGCCCUGGGCCAGCAGCUCAAGCAGGAGAAGAUACUCCAGGAGGAGAUUGAAACCAACAAAGACAAAAUAGAAGAUUGCCAGAAAUAUGCUAAAGCAUACAUCGAUGCAGUCAAGGACUAUGAACUUCAGGUGGUGACCUAUAAAGCUAUGCAGGAUCCCAUCGCUUCUCCCCUGAAGAAGACCAAGAUGGAGUCUGCCUCUGAUGACAUCAUCCAAGAGUACGUCACCCUGCGGACCCGCUACAGCGAACUGAUGACGCUCAAUAGCCAGUACAUCCUGUUCAUCAUCAAUACACAGCGCCGCCUAGAGGACGAGGAGAAAGCCACUGAGAAGCUGAAGGAGGAGGAGAAGAGGAAGCUGGCCGAGAUGGAGGCGGAGCUGGAGAAGCAGAAGCAGCUGGCCGACGCCCACGCCAAAGCCGUGGCCAAAGCCCAGCAAGAGGCCCAAGCCCUGAAACAACAGAUGAACGAUGAGGUGAACCGCAGGCAAGACGUGGCCGUGGACGCGGAGAAGCAGAAGCAGAACAUCCAGGUGGAGCUCCACCAGCUCAAGAGCCUCUCAGAGCAGGAGAUCAAGGCCAAGAACCAGCAGGUGGAGGAAGCCCUGCUGAGUCGCACCAAGAUCGAAGAGGAGAUCCACAUCAUACGGCUCCAGCUGGAGACCACCAUAAGGCAGAAGACCACCGCCGAAGGGGAGCUGGGCCAACUCAAGAACAUGGCCAACGAGGCGGAGAAGCUACGCAAAGCCGCGCAGGACGAGGCCGAAAGGCUGAGGAAGCAGGUGGCCGAGGAGACGCAGAAGAAGAAGAACGCAGAGGAGGAGCUCAAGCGCAAAUCCGAGGCGGAGAAAGAAGCUUCCAAGCAGAAGCAGAAGGCCAUGGACGACCUGCAGAAGUUCAAAAUGCAAGCGGAGGAGGCGGAGAGGCGUAUGAAACAGGCGGAGGAGGAGAAGAAGAGGCAGGUGAUGCUGGUCGAGGAGGUGGCCCAAAAGAGCGCCGCCACGGAACUGCAGAGCAAGCGCAUGGCGUUCGACGAGCAGGCGACCCGACUGGCGGAGUCCCUGAAGAGGGAGCAGGGCACUGUUCUUCAGCUGCAGGGCGAGGCCGAGCUGCUCAAGAAGCAGCAGGAGGAGGCCAACAACGCCCGGGAGAAUGCCGAGAAGGAGCUGGAGAUGUGGCGGCAGAAGGCCAACGAGGCUCUGCGCCUGAGGCUCCAGGCCGAGGAGGAGGCCCUCAAGAAGAGCCAGGCCCAGGAGGAGGCGGAGCGGCAGAAGGUGGACGCCGAGAAGGACGCCAAGAAGAAGGCCAAGGCCGAGGAGGCGGCGCUCAAGCAGAAGGACAACGCAGAGAAGGAGCUGGAGAAACAGCGGAAGUUGGCGGAACAAACUGCCCAACAGAAACUGUCUGCGGAGCAGGAGUGCAUCCGACUCAAGGCUGACUCUGAGCACGCCGAGCAACAGAGGACCCUUCUGGACAACGAGCUUCAGCGUCUCAAGAACGAGGUGAACUCUGCGCAGAACCAGAGGAAACAGCUGGAGGACGAGCUGGCCAAGGUCCGAGGCGAGAUGGACGAGCUCCUCACGCUGAAGAACAAGGCGGUGUCCGAGUCGAUGUCCAGCACCGAGAAAAGCAAGCAGCUGCUCGAGACGGAGGUGGUGAAGAUGAAGCAUCUGGCAGAAGAGGCAGCCCGGCUGAGGUCCGUGGCAGAAGAGGCCAAGAAGCAGAGGCAGGUGGCGGAGGAAGAGGCCGCUCGCCAGAGGGCCGAGGCUGAGAAGAUACUCAAGGAGAAGCUGGCCGCUAUAAACGAGGCGACUCGUCUGAAGACUGAAGCGGAGAUCGCCCUGAAGGACAAAGAAGCAGAGAAUGAAAGGCUGAAACGCAAAGCAGAGGAGGAGGCCUAUCAGAGGAAGUUGCUGGAAGACCAGGCAUCUCAACACAAGCAGGACAUAGAGGAGAAGAUCAUACUGCUGAAGACCUCUUCUGAUUCUGAACUUGUGAGGCAGAAGCAGAUUGUGGAAGAAACCAUUCACCAGAGAAAGGUGGUCGAAGAGGAGAUCUACAUCCUUAAGAUCAACUUUGAGAAGGCCUCAAAGGGCAAGCUAGACCUGGAGAAGGAGUUAAACAAGCUGAAGACCAUUGCGGAGGAGAGCCAAAAGAGCAAGCUCAAAGCCGAGGAAGAGGCAGACAAAAUGAAGAAGCUUGCUUCCGAGGAAGAGAAGAAGAGGAAAGAGGCAGAGGAGAAGGUCAAGAGGAUCUCCGCCGCAGAGCAAGAGGCAGCUCGACAACGUAAAGUGGCUCAGGACGAGGUUGAACGCCUCAAGGCGAAGGCCGCCGAAGCGAAAAAGCAGAAGGAACAGGCAGACAAAGAGGCUGAGAAACAGAUCGUCCUGGCAAAGGAGGCUGCACAGAAAUGCACUGCUGCAGAACUGAAUGCACAGGAUGUUCUAAACCAGAAGAAAGAGGACACUCUGGCACAGGCUAAACUGAAAGAGGAGUAUGAAAACGCCAAGAAACUUGCCCUGGCUGCGGAAAAGGCAAAGAAGAAAGCUGAAAAGGAGGCUGCGUUACUUCGGCAGAAAGCCGAAGAGGCCGAAAAGCAGAAGAAGGCUGCAGAGGCUGAGGCUGCCAAACAAGCUGAGGCUCAAAAGGACGCAGAGAGACUUAGGAAGGAGGCAGAACAGGAGGCCGCCAAGCGGGCAGAGGCCGAGGCAGCAGCUCUGGAACAGAAAAAGCAGGCAGACGCUGAGAUGGCCAAGCACAAAAAACAUGCAGAGAAAACACUCAAGCAGAAGUCCGUCGUUGAGCAGGAGUUGACGAAGGUUAAACUUCGACUAGAUGAGACCGAUAAGCAGAAGUCUGUCCUGGAUGAAGAGCUGCAGCGGCUCAAGGCCGAGGUCAGCGAUGCCGUCAAACAAAAAGCCCUGGUGGAAGAGGAGCUCACCAGGGUCAAGAGCCAGAUGGAGGAGCUGUUGAAACUCAAGCUGAAGAUAGAGGUGGAAAAUAAGCGUCUGAUGAAGAAGGACAAAGACGGCACGCAGAAAUUCCUUGCGGAGGAAGCCGAGAAGAUGAAGAGCCUCGCAGAGGAGGCCGCCAUGCUUAGCGUGGAAGCUCAGGAAACGGCGAGGCUGAGGCAGAUCGCGGAGGCGGACCUUGCCGAACAGCGGGCCCUUGCGGAGAAGAUGCUGAAAGAGAAGAUGCAGGCGAUCCAAGAGGCUACCAAACUGAAAGCACAGGCAGUGGAGCUCCAGAAACAGAAGAACGAGGCACAGGAAAAUGCUCAGAAAUUACUGGAGGACAAAAAACUGAUGCAGCGGCGCCUGGACGAGGAGACCGAAGGGUUCCAGAAAUCCCUCGAGGCAGAGCGUAAGAGGCAGCUCGAUGCCUCAGCGGAGGCCGAGAAACUGAAACUGAGGGUAAGGGAGCUCAGCCAAGCCCAGGCGAAGGCUGAGGAGGAGGCCAAGAAGUUCAAGAUUCAGGCCGAGACAAUAAGAGUUCAACUUCAGCAGAAAGAAUCGCUCGCUCAGGAAAAGGUUGUGGUGGAGAAGCUGGAAGUGCAGAGACUGCAGAGCACCAAGGAGGCCGAUGACUUGCGGAAAGCCAUCACCGACCUUGAAAAGGAGAGGGAGCAAUUGAAAAGGGAGGCAGAGGAACUUCAAAACAAAUCUAAAAAGAUGGCCGAUGCUCAGCGGGAGCAAAUCAAGCAAGAGACGACGAGUCUCCAGCAGUCGUUCCUAACGGAGAAGGCGCUGCUGCUCAAGAGAGAGAAGGGCAUUGAAGAGGAGAAGAAUAAGCUUGAGAAGCAGUUUGCUGAUGAGGUGGCAAAGGCCAAGGCCCUGAAGGACGAGCAGGAACGUCAGCAGAAGCAAAUGGAAGAGGAGAAUAAGAAGCUUCAGGCCGCCAUGGAUGCCGCCUUGAAAAAGCAAAAGAACGCAGAGGACGAGAUGAAAAAGAAACAGAAAGAGAUGGAGGAGCUUGAGAAGAGGCGUCUUGAUCAAGAGAAGACUCUGGCGGAGGAGAACAAGAAGCUCAAGGAGAAACUGCAUGAGCUCGAGGUUGCUCCAAAACCAGCACCAUCGCAGACCAAGGUGACCACUGGUCAAGCUGGUGUCCCUCAAGAGAAGAUUGUUGCUGUAACCGUGGAUACCACCAAGAAAGUGUUCAACGGCUCAGACGAUUUGGACAGCGCCAAGAAGGAUAUGGAUUCACAUUUAGCCUUCGAUGGAAUCAGGGAGAAGGUUCCAGCCGGAAGACUCCAUGACAUUGGUGUUCUCACCAAAAAGGAGUUUGACAAACUGAAGAAAGGCAAGGUCACUGCGCAAGAAUUGGGGAAAACGGAUAAGGUUAGAUCAUGUCUUAAGGGCCAGAACUGUCUUGGGGCCAUAUUAACCCCAUCCAAACAGAAAAUGAGUGUCUAUCAGGCCAUGAAAGAGAAGAAGAUUGAAACCAACAUUGCCGAAAUGCUCUUGGAAGCUCAGGCGGCUACUGGUUACAUAGUGGAUCCACUCAAAAACAAAGUGUUGUCUGUGGAUGAGGCUGUAAAGGAAGAGCUCAUAGGCCCUGAACUCCAUAACAAGAUGCUCUCGGCAGAGAGAGCAGCCACCGGCUUUAAAGAUCCCUUCACCGGGGUCAAGAUCUCUGUCUUUGAGGCUAUGAAGAAGGGACUCAUUGAAAGGGACCAAGCUGUAAAACUAAUGGAUGCACAGCUAGCCACAGGAGGAAUUAUUGACCCUGUCCACAGUCAUAGAGUUCCUCUUCAAUUGGCCUACACCCAGGGUCAGUUUGAUGAAGAAAUGAAUAAGAAACUCACUGAGCCAAGUGAGGACUGCAAGUUAUUCAUUGAUCCUAGCACUCAGGAGCAUCUCACUUACACACAGCUCCUGGAUAAGUGUUCUAAGGAUGCAGAAACAGGCCUGUUGGUCCUUCCAGUAACGGAGAGAGCAGCUCAAAGUGAGUCCACAUACACAGACCAAGAGACUCAAGAUUUACUCAGCAAGGCUAAUGUCACUGUGCCUUUCGGGAGAUUCAAAGGUAAAACAGUCACUAUUUGGGAAGUCAUUAACUCUGAAUAUUUCACUAUAGAACAAAGGAGGGAAUUGAUUCGUCAGUACAAAACUGGAAAAAUCACAGUGGAAAAGAUAAUUAAAAUUGUCAUUACUGUCAUGGAAGACAAAGAGAAGAAGAAUGAAAAUGUUUUUGAAGGACUGAGGAACCAAGUGUCUUCCAGUGAACUUUUGGAAGCCAAGGUCAUCACCAAAGACGUGUUCAACAAGUUAAGCAACGGAGAGAUAACGGUCAAGGAAAUUUCUGAAAGCGAUUCAGUCAAGAAGGCACUUAAAGGAACACACAGCAUCGCAGGGGUGAUGAACGAAUCAAACAAGAAGAAAAUGCCUUUCUAUGAAGCUAUGAAGAAGGAGCUUCUGUCACCAGACACCGCAGUGAAUCUUCUCGAAGCCCAAGCAGCGACUGGAUUCAUAAUUGACCCGGUCAAAAAUGAGAAAGUCACCGUAGAUGAAGCCGUUAAGUCAGGGCUUGUCGGUCCUGAGCUUCAUGAAAAACUUCUGUCUGCUGAAAGGGCAGUCAAUGGCUACAAAGACCCAUACACGGGGAAGACUGUAUCUUUGUUCGAAGCCAUGACCAAGGGCCUUAUAAAGAAAGACCACGGCAUUCGUCUGCUUGAAGCACAGAUCUCAACCGGAGGAGUGAUUGACCCUGUUAAAAGCUAUCGUAUUCCUCACGAGGUUGCCUGCAAACGGGGAUACUUCAACGACGAAAUGAGCAACAGCCUGAACAAAAACACGGAUGAAACCAAAGUGUUCUACGAUCCCAACUCACAGGAAGAGGCAUCCUACGCUCAGCUGCUGAAGAAAUGCAUCAAGGACAAAGAGACUGGGCUUCCUUUACUUCCACUGUCCUCUACUUCCAAAAAAGCAAUCAAGUCGAAAGAGAUGACUGAAGCUAAAACUCAGGAGGCUUUGGACCAUACCACCAUGGAACUAGAUUAUGGACCCUUCAAGGGAAGAAAAGUCACAAUUUGGGAGAUCAUCAACUCUGAGUACAUCACCGAGGUGCAAAGAAUAGAGCUGAUUCGACAGUACAGAACGGGAUACGUGACCAUUGAACGGCUGAUUACCCUUGUUGUUACUAUGGUUGAGGAACGAGAGGAGGUAGCAAAAGAAAAUACCUGCUUUAAGGGAAUUCGCUCAUCUGUCACUGCAAGCUCAUUAUUUGAUGCCAACAUCAUUGAUAAGGCUACAUUUGAUCAGCUCCAAGAGGGCAAGAAGCAACCUAAAGAAGUGAGUGACACUGACAAGGUGAAGAAGUACUUGCAAGGAACAGACAGCAUCGCUGGUGUCCUUAUGGAGAAAUCAAAAGAGAAACUAAGCCUUUACCAAGCAAUGAAAAACAAUACUUUACAACAAAGCACUGGGCUUUCACUGCUGGAGGCCCAAGCUGCCACAGGUUUCAUGAUUGAUGCUAUCAAAAAUCAGAAGUUUACCGUUGACGACGCUGUAAAGGAAGGAGUUGUUGGCCCAGAGCUUCAUGAAAGGCUUCUCUCAGCCGAAAAAGCUGUGACCGGAUACAAAGACCCAUACACCGGCAACAAGAUCUCUCUGUUCCAAGCCAUGAAGAAGGAACUAGUCCUACGAGAGCAUGCCAUUCCCCUUCUGGAAGCUCAGUUGACCACGGGUGGUAUCAUUGAUCCAGUCAGCAGCCAUCGUGUACCCACUGACGUGGCAAUUCAGCGUGGUUGUCUCAACAAACAGAUGGCAAAAUCCUUUAGUGAGCCUUCAGGUGACGUCAAAGGCUUCAUUGAUCCCAACACCAACGAGAGUGUUACCUACAAGCAGCUGCUAGAUAAAUCUACACGAGAUCCUGAUUCUGGCCUGUGCUACCUGCGUCUGACAAAGGCUGAAGUUCCUGCACCAACUGAAACGUCUUAUCAGUACACGGAGGAGCAAGCCCAGGCUGAGCUAGCAAACACAGAAAUUGAUAUUCCUCAGGAGGGUGGGGCCGGAAAAUCGAUGACGUUGUGGGAUGUCAUGGGCUCUAAUAUGCUUCCCGAAGAGGAAAGGCGCCGUCUUUUGGAACAAUAUCGCUCAGGGAAAAUUUCAAAGGACAGGAUGCUUAUCAUCAUCAUCGAAAUCAUCGAACAAAGGGAAGUUCUGAGGACGGAGCAAAGCAUGUCAUGCGAUGUUAUAAGGAGAAGAGUAACUAUCGAAGACCUGUACAAUGCUAGAAUUAUUGACCUGCAAACCUACAACCUGCUGAAGCAAGAGAAGCUGACACCACGUGAGGUCAUGGAGACGCCCUCAGUGAAAAAGUAUCUUUUCGGUACUGGCUGCAUUGCUGGAAUCAUGUCAGACAACCCUCCUAAAAUUAGCAUUUACCAGGCAAUGAAGAGAGGACUCAUAAGCCCUGAGAUUGCCCUCAACCUCCUCGAAGCCCAAGCAGCGACAGGAUUCAUGGUUGAUCCAGUGAAAGAUGAACUUCUCACGGUCGAUGAGGCGGUUCGCAAAGGACUUGUUGGUCCUGAAAUCCACGACAAACUUCUCUCUGCAGAGAGGGCAGUGACGGGUUACAAGGAUCCAUACAGCGGGAAAGUUAUUUCUCUUUUCCAGGCCGUGAAAAAGGAUCUUGUGCCUGAAGAGUAUGCCCUCAGGCUUUUGGAGGCACAGAUUGCGACCGGUGGGUUGUUGGAUCCCGAAUAUUACUUCCAUCUCCCUAUAGAUGUUGCCAUGCAACGUGGAUACAUCAACAAGGAGACGCACGACAAGAUAACAGACCCUAACGGCGACGUGCGUGGUUACACUGAUCCCACCACCGAUGAGAAACAGUCCUAUGGCCAGCUGUUGAAAAGAUGCAAACCCGAUAAAGAGAGUGGCUUGCGUUUGCUGUCCCUGGCAGACAGGAACCUUCUCUUCAAAGGUCUCAGAAAGCAGAUCACCAUCGACGAGCUCCUUCGCUCUCAGAUUAUCGACCAAAAGAUGUACGACGACCUCAUGGAGGGUUUGAUCUCGGUGGAAGAGGUCAGCCGAGCCCUGAAGAAGUUCCUGGAGGGAACCAGUUGCAUCGCUGGGGUCUAUGUGGAAUCUAGUAAGGAUCGCCUGUCAAUCUACCAAGCGAUGAAGAAGAACAUGAUCAGACCAGGAACCGCCUUUGAGCUUCUAGAAGCUCAAGCCGCCACGGGAUACGUCAUCGAUCCAAUAAAGAAUCUGAAGCUCAACGUACAAGAUGCAGUCAAAAUGGGAGUGGUAGGCCAAGAGUUUAAGGACAAACUACUAUCUGCUGAGCGUGCAGUAACAGGCUACAAGGACCCCUACUCCGGCAAGGUCAUUUCACUAUUCCAGGCCAUGAAGAAGGGACUCAUCCUAAAGGAUCAUGGAAUUCGCCUGUUGGAGGCUCAGAUUGCUACCGGGGGAAUCAUCGACCCAGAGCAGAGCCAUCGCCUGCCUGUUGAAGCGGCGUAUGAACGCGGCCUCUUCGACCAAGAGAUGAACGAAAUUCUCACCGACCCGUCGGAUGAUACCAAAGGUUUCUUUGACCCCAACACAGAGGAGAAUCUCACCUACCUGCAGCUCAUGGAGAGAUGCAUGAUUGACCCAGAGACCGGCCUAGCCCUCCUGCUGAUGAAAGAAAAGAAGCGCGAGAGGAAGACGUCCUCCAAGUCAUCCGUGCGCAAACGCAGGGUGGUCAUCGUCGAUCCCGAGACGGGCAAGGAGAUGACGGUGUACGAGGCGUAUCAGAAGGGACUAAUCGACCAGCAGACCUACCAGGAGCUGGCAGAGCAGGAGUGUGAAUGGGAGGAAAUUACAAACACCCAGUCAGAUGGAGUGGUCAAGUCGGUCAUCAUUGACAGACGGUCAGGGCGACAGUAUGAUAUCGACGACGCCAUACUGAAGGGUCUCAUCGACAAGUCGGCUCUGGAUCAGUACCGGGCCGGAAGCCUGUCCAUCACAGAGUUUGCCGACAUGCUCUCUGGAAACAUGAGUGGUGCCAGGUCUCGCUCUUCGUCAUUUGGCUCCACUUCGUCUUACUCCAAUAGUCCAGUGCCCGUGAUAAAAACCCCAGCCGUUACCUGGAAUGACCCGACAGAGGAGACCGGCCCAGUCGCUGGUAUCCUGGACACAGACACACUGGAGAAGGUGUCCAUCACAGAGGCCAUUCACAGGAACCUUGUAGACAAUAUCACAGGUCAACGGUUGCUGGAAGCCCAGGCCUGCACAGGAGGCAUCAUUGACCCUAACACCGGUGAGAAGUACGCCGUUACAGACGCAAUGAACGAGGGCCUUGUUGAUAAGAUCAUGGUGGACCGCAUCAAUCUGGCUCAGAAGGCUUACAAUGGCUUUGAGGAUCCCAGGACCAAAACCAGGAUGUCAGCAGCCCAAGCGCUGAAGAAAGGCUGGCUGUACUACGAGGCCGGUCAACGAUUCCUCGAAGUUCAAUAUCUAACUGGUGGAUUGAUUGAGCCAGAAAUAACCGGCAGAGUCUCCAUAGAUGAUGCCCUGAAAAAGGGUACCUUGGACACACGCACUGCAACGAAACUCAGAGAUGUGAGCGCGUACUCCAAGUAUCUCACAUGCCCCAAAACCAAGCUGAAGAUCUCUUACAAGGAUGCAUUGGAUCGAAGUAUGGUAGAAGAAGGCUCUGGUUUACGACUACUGGAAGCAUCUUCUCAGUCAAGCAAAGGCCUUUACAGUCCCUACAGUGUUAGCGGGUCUGGGUCAGCCUCAGGUUCACGGACCGGUUCAAGGACAGGCUCCAGGUCUGGCUCGAGAAGAGGCAGUUUUGAUGCAACAGGGUCCAGUUUCAGCACCACCUUUUCCUCGUCCUCCGCCUCCUACAGCUCUCCGAGCUAUAGUCGCCGAUACUGAUAUCUGGCACAGAAUGGAAAUGUUCUCAGUUGAGAAUAUGUUAGCCACAUUACAACCCCAGUGCUUAUCUUAAUCCUCACUUUACAUACAAUGACAAUGGCUUCACUCUGCUCUGUGUUUGGCUGGAAUGGGAUAGGAGCUAUUGUAGUUAUUGAGGAAUAGUCUUUCAAGAACUGACAAGUUUUUAAAACUCUGACUUACAUUCAAAGAAGAUGUAGUGAUAUUUGUUCCCUGAUGUACGAGCACUUAUCACAAAGCUUCCAUUUAUUUUUUAAAGUUUGCUUUUACAUUUUUUGUGUUUUCGGAAAAUUCCAAGCAUACGAGGGCUCUCUUCAGCCAUAUUAUAUAACCAAAAACCUCCAUAAUCCAUUUAUUGCUUUGAAAUGCUGAUCAUGGAAUUCUGCGUGAGAAAUCAGUUUGAGCAGAGCUAUGUACAUGUGUAUUUAUAAUGAGUAUUAAUCGUGAAAGAAAGAAAGAUGGGAGGCCAAUCUGCAGAGCAGAGAAAGUCUGAAAUUCUACGUCCUAGCCCAACCAACUUGAACAAAAUGCUGAGGAUGUUCCAUUGCUCAUCAAGAACAAAUUGGAACCAAAAAAGACAACGGACAACAUAAACAACAAUUAACCGCUGGAUUACAAGGAAACCACUCUCAUCACAACCAUGAAGAAAAUCACCAGGUCGCCAAAAACUGUUUAUCAAUCAUCAAGAUUGCCACAGACAUGCCACAUCCCUGACUUCACGACCCCCUGAAUAUAUGCUUCCUCCAGAGUUCUUCUCCGCUGUCUUCCACUAAACCCUGUUUGCCGAGGCCUUGUUUCGGACCGAAGCCCAGACUGAAUCCCCACACUACACAGGGACAUCUCCACCGCAAAGCGUCCUUCUUUUUCACUUUUAACGAGAUCCUUACCGAGUUUUGUCGUUAAUUUUCAAUGUUACAUCUAAUCCUGUGUUUUUAUCUGAAUGCAUUAAAAUACAAAAAUGAACUGCUUCCGGUAGGCUGUAGCCAUGCUAAGUGCCUCAUAAACUAGAGUCUUUACUAACACGGUGAAAGUCAGAAGAGAUGGCGGAGGUGUAAACCGCUCGUUGCAUGACUGAAAGAUGAGCACGCCACCAAUGGUCAAGUGUAAUCGGCUACGCUUCCCUGCAGCCAUGGCUGUUCAUAUCUAAACACAAUAGCAACUAGAUUCACUGUCAAAAUAAUAAUAUCGAGAUUUGCACAGGGCUUCACAUGGUUUGAAUGUGUAUAUUAUAUGUAAUGUGUUUUAAUCCGUAUCACAGUUUUGCUUCGGUAUUUGUGUUUUUUUUUUUUUUGUGUUUCCUCUUCGAGAAAAAUAUCUUGAUUGUUUUAUGGUUUGACUUACUGUUUAUUGCUGUAAAGAAGACAGAGUGCUGGAAUGGGGUCGGUUUGCGUAAUUUGGGGAAAAAUUGCAAAGCUUCGUCACCCUGGCAACCGAUUCCGUAUCUGUUUUUACCAGCUUAUGUGUCUUUUUUUUAUGUCAGAUUUUCCUGCAUACAGCAUCACAUUCUAUGAAUAUACAGCAGUUGCUUGACAUAUUAUAUUUUUUUGCCUUUGCAUGUUUUAUUAACUGAAAAAUCGGAAACGAGACUAUUUUAACCGGAUUUUUUUCUUUUACGUUAUAAAAAAGGUUUGAAGGAUGUAUUUUAAUAAAAUUGGUUAUCAGGCCUUGUUUAAAAUGGAGUAUUUAUAGUUCAACAGCGAAAAAUUAUUUUACCGCCAUAAGAAAUGUAAAUAAACACUGAAAGUGAUAUAUCCAGUUA